AUGUCUCCAAAGACCUCUAUCAUCACCACAUACCUCCUCGCCCUCCUCGCCAGUCUAAUCGCAGCCCAAACUGUCCGAGAACAUCUUGACAGAUUUUGUCCCUCCAGAAAUGGGCAGGAGGUCCAACUGGAGGAGAGACUAUUUGUCACAUACCACUGUGGAAAGGCCCCCGAGGACUGGGGUCUUCUGGAGAGCUACCCUGCAGCGAUGGAUCCUGAAGCCUGCAGUCGCGCCUGUGUAGCCAGCUCUACCUGCAAAGGAAGUCUAUACAGUGCGCAACCGGCGAACCGCAGGGCUCCGUGUUUCCUGUAUUCGGGUGCCACUGAGCCGGUUCUUGAAGAAAUGGAUCGUGUGUUGUGGAUGUCGUAUCGCAAGGUUUCGCCUUUGGACCCGGUUGAUUGUAAGGAGGAGCUUGAGUUGGUGGGGGAGUUGGAGGAUAAGGUCAGUGGUUUACAGAGUGAGAUGGAGCAGUUGAAAAAGGACUUGGAAGCUUGCCAGGCCUCUAGUGGUGGCGAGGAAGGAGAUGGAGGCGAUAACGGAGGAGGGGAAGAGGGAGGUGAAAAUGCUGGUAACGACGGCGGUUCAGGAACUGGACCAAAUGAUGCUGUUUGUGCUCGAAAUGAUGAAAACGUCUUUAGCAAUGAGAGCAGAAGAUGGGAGCUGCACACUGACAGAUAUACCCGUUAUGGAACCGGUGCGAACAAUGACCUUGGCAGGGAUUCCCCCUACUUCAAUAUUGCAGAAUGUAUUCAUCAGUGCUCUCAGAUCCCCAAGUGUAGGAUGGUAUACUUCCAUAUAGGUCUCCGCACUUGUUUCUUUGCGACCAGACCAAGAACUUUGAGUGGACGUGCUCCCAAUUAUGACGCUGCCUGGGCUCUUGGAUCCUACAAUGACGCUGUCGCUAUGCACGGUGCUGCCGUUGCUGUCAAAGCCUGCCCGCAUUCGAAGUGCUUCAUUUUGUUGGAAGGUCUCGAGUUUGGAAGUUACCAAACUCGUAUAUUCAAGCGACUUCCCCACAGUCUUGUCAAUGUGGUGACUGAAAGCAACGAAGGUUACGAGUAG